GAUUAUUUUUUCCAAUAAACGAUACAAAAACAAUCCAAAAAUGAUUCAUAAUCAUGAGAAAAUUCUUGUUAAAUUAAUUGAAGAAUAUCAUUCAAUAGUGCCGGCUAAAGUGGCCAAAAUUCUUCUCCAUUGUGGUGCGAUUACAAUGAAAAGAGCACUAUCAUAUUCAACAUUAAGACGUAAUGAUUUUGAAAAAGGACUCGAUAUUCUUAUACGUUGUGGCUAUGUAAUGGUCAAUGUGAUUGGUGAAAACAAACAACGAAUAUUUGAAAUCGAUACAGAAAAAGUGUUAAAUAUUCUAUUCUAUCCAUGUUAUCUUAAAUCUAUGGCCAAACGAUUCGGUGUCGAAUGUGUUUCAUUGUUGAAAACAUUAUUUAUCUGGGGCCAAUUAUCGGCCAACGAUCUAAUCGAAAGAACAUUGUAUCAUAUAAUACAAACAAAUUCAUUGGAUUUUAUUGACGAUCAAAUGCAACAUUUUAUCAAUGUUUUAUAUGAAAAAUUAAAAAUCAUGAUGUCAAAGAAAAUCAUUGUAUUUGCCGGAAAAAAUGAAAAUGACGACAUCGAUAAUUAUGAUGCUGAUCUUGUGUUCGAAGCACUUAAACGUAAUACUGAACCGAAUUCUGAGUAUGGUGUUUCGAAAUUCAUUUCAAAAACAUGUCGAUUAAAAUUCAAUGUAGAUGCAUUAAAUUUUUUAUAUUUCAUCGAAUUAUUUCCAUAUUUAUUGGGCGAUAAAUUCAACAAUCCAGAUGCUGAUUCUAUUUUUCAAAUGCUACUUGAAUUGAGUUUCGAACAAUCGGUUCGAAUAAAAUAUAUGACAUUUGAAAUGCAACAAUUAUACAAACGAUAUCGUGAGAAACAUGGCGACGAUGAUUGUUCAUUACGUCAAAUUCAAUGGAAAUUAUCGUUUGCCGCACAUUACUUUGCACCACAAUUCCUAUUGAUCAGUAAAUCAAAUUGUUCAUUAGAUUUUGAAGCAUUUUUCACUAGUCUGGUCAAAUUUAUUGUCAAAGAAUAUUUGCGUAAAAAUUUUGGUGAAAAUUCUGUAAAAAUUUUCGGCGCUUUACAGGAACAAAUUUGUUUGUUUGAAAAUAAUCUUCUCACCAUGUUGAAGAUUGAUUCAAAAGAAUUGCAUCGAAAUUUAUAUAUAAUGGAUCAGAAUCGUAUGAUUAAUAUAAAUUUUUAUUCCGAAACAAAUCAAUCAUCAACAUCAUCGGCUAGAAAUGUAAAGAAAGCAUUCUCAGUGAAUCUUGCCAAUGUGGUCGAUUGUAUUGUUAAACGUAUACAGUAUACCAUAUACACUAUACAUCAUCGUCGUUUUAUAGAAAUGAAUGAACAAAAAGAAUUGAUUGCACGUAAAAAUCAUAUUGAAAAUUAUAAAAAAAUAAUCAAAGAACAAGUCGAUGAUCAAGAGGAAAGAAAUCGAUUAAUAAAUACUGCACAUAAUUUCAUGUCCGAUAAUGAUCAUAAAAAAGCCGAAUCAUUACUUGCAUAUGAUAUCAAAGUGGAUAAAGUAGAAUAUCAUCUUGUCAAUUAUCUUUUUAUCAUGAAUUUAUGGCAGAAUUUAUGUAAAAAUCAAGAUGAUGUUCAAUAAAAAUUCGAGAUAGUCGAUAGUAGCAACCCACAAAUCAACACAGCUGUUUGCAACACAGAUUCUCGGGAAUCAUAUUUUUUCUUCAAUCCAAA